UCAGAUGAAUGAAGUUUAUGAGAAAACCCCAAACAGCGAACUUUGUUGCCGGGUUCCACACCCUGCUAACCAAACCACACUUGUCAAGAAAAGAGGAAGAGGAAAACGAAGAGUGAGCCAGUUCUGUGAGAGACUCCUCUUAUCAGGAGGCGUUUUUUCUUCGCUGUUGCUAUUUUAUUAGGAGACACUGCUGCAGAAACUACUGAAUGAGAAUGCGUUGGAAAAUGGCUCCUUCCUUCAACUUUGUGCUCCUCUUCGUGCUUUUGCUGAAAGGCGCUUCCCUCGUUCCAAAUGUCCAAAACAAGCAGCAUAGCUGUAUAGGAUGUGUCCUUGUGGUGUCCAUAAUAGAACAGCUUGCUCAAGUCCACAAUUCGACAGCAAAAGAAGCUCUGGAGAGGCUCUGUCGCUACUUACCUGAAAAGUUGCACUUACAAGGGGCAUGCAUUCUGACCGCUGAAAUAUUUGGACCACAUAUAAUUAAGUUGAUGGAGCACAAAAUGAAUCCAGAUGUGGUGUGCCAUUCCAUUGGCUUGUGCAAGCGAAAGGCGGGCCAACCAUUUUGUCACCUGUACCCCCCUCCUAAGAUGGGCUUCAAUGUGGCUAUAAAGGAAUCAGAAAGAAUGGUUGCAAAUCAGCUCAAGGAAAACAUUCAUCGGUUAUCAGGCGUGUGUUCACUUCCUUUUCUGAAGCGGCUGUGUAAGAAAAUCCAAUCACUUAUCCGUAGUAAGUUACCUUUCGAAGACCUUGAUGGAGAUAAAUUUAGUCUUUAUCCGACCUUAAGAGGAUAUCACUGGAGAGGCAGAGACUGUGACGAUAUCCAGGCCUCUGUGUAUCCUGGCAGACGCCCUGAUAACUGGGAUGUAGAUAAGGACUCCAACUGUAAUGGAAUAUGGGGUGUUGAUCCAAAAGAUGGCAUCGCCUAUGAGCAGAAAUUUUGUAAAGGCACAGAGUCCAAGGGAAUCAUUUUGUUGGGGGAUUCAGCUGGGGCUCAUUUUCACAUCCCUCCUGAAUGGGUGACAGCAUCGCAAAUGUCAGUGAAGGCAUUUUCCAACCUUCAUGAGGCUUUUGCCGAUGAGCUCGACUGGCCUCAAUUUUCUGGAGCAACCGGAUUCCUCAACUCCACAAUUGGAGGCUGGACAGAGUCGCUGUACCUAUAUUUACGAAAAAGAAACCGCUGCAACCAUCGAGAUUACCAGAAUAUUUCCAAAAAUGGUGGCUCUUCGCAAAACGUCCUAGAGCUUGUCAAGAGCUUGGCAAGGAGUCAACAGUUUGACAAGCCUGCAAUAGUUAUCUUUUCAAUGAUUGGAAAUGACGUCUGCAAUGGGUAUCCUGACACUGUUGAACACAUGACACGGCCCGAGCAGAUGCACGCCAGUGUUAUGCAGGCUCUGCAACAUCUCAACGGCCUCCUUCCCAAAGGGAGCCAUGUGCUUUUAACCGGUUUGGUAGACGGCCGCUUUCUGUGGGAUAACUUGCACGAUCGAUUCUACCCUCUUGGCCAGUUGAACAAAGAUGUCACAUACGAACAUUUUUUCUCGUUUCUCAGCUGUCUACAGUCUGCUCCAUGUGUUGGCUGGAUGUCUGCAAAUGCCACUCUUAGGAACCUGACCUCAGAGAGAGCCUCACAGCUUUCCAGUGUCCUGAAGGAGCUGGCAAAAUCCGAGAAAUAUGCCAAUUUUGACGUUUUCUACAUGGAUUACCCACUGAAGGAAGUUGCUGAGUUGUGGCAGAAGUCUGGAGGAGAGGCCUGGCAGCUAAUAGAACUUGUGGAUGGAUUUCAUCCUAACCAGGUUGUUUCUACCCUUGGAGCAAGAAGCAUCUGGAAGAAGAUACUUCGUGAAUGGCCUCAUGUUCUUGGAAAAGAAAAUCCAUCCAACGAUGAGAUUGUAGCAGUGUUCAAAGAUCAAGGCGGCCACUGAUUUCAGCAUGCUAAAUACAUUGGCGUUUCACCAUUCAGAAUAAAGAACACCUUUCCCUACAAAGCAAGCUAACCUCUGGGGUAUUGGAACAUAAAAGGCUGAUGGAUGCAAAGUUCUUUAUCAACUAUCUGGCAGCUGAAUGCACCAUUGGUAAAAUUUUACUUAUGUAUAGAUGUGGAAUCUCAUAGGAGACUGCUUGCUUUUAGGCAAGGUUUUUCACCCGUUUGUCCCAUCAAUCUACCAAGCCUCUUCAGGUCAAUUUGUUUCUGAUACACAUUAAAUCUAAUUGGAAUUCUC